AGCACAGGGGGGCCAGAAGGCUUCACUAGAUACCAGCUGGCCCUGCCAUAUUUUUUGGCCAGUCAUGUCAUAUCUCAGCAAGAUCUCUGCUGCCGCGCAGCUAGUCCAUGAGGAUGAAUUCCGGAGGAUGUUGGAGCCUGGACGAAAAAAGAUGGACAAACUCAUUGGCAGGCUGCCGAAGGGCCAAGAAUCGCCCUUUGGCGACUUCCCAUCAGAUUACACGAGACCUGGGGACGAACAAAAGCGGGCUUCGGCCCUGGCAGUGAUGGGCACUGCAUCACUGUCCACUCCCAGAACAUUAGAGCCCUUGGCCUCGGCCCGUGGCAAGACGACACCGCGCACGGCAAGGCUAACACCUAGAGAGCCGCAGAGCGCGCGAAGUACCAAGCUAUCUCCGCGCUCACCGCAAGCGACGCCUCGUGGACUUGAGAGUUUGGGCCCUCCAAUGGCUGGUGCCUUCAAGAGGCGGAACAUUGAGCCUUCAGAGUUCCGACGCUUCUAUGAUCGCAACGACUUGCCGAUCCAGAUCAUGCACACGGGCACCCAGAACCGCAUUGCAUGGAAGGUGGAUGUGGAGAAGUUGGACUACCAUCACUAUUUGCCCAUCUUCUUCGAUGGGCUUCGAGAGAAGGAGGAACCCUACCGAUUCUUCGCCGUGGAGGGGGUCUACAACCUCUUAGAAAAGGGCGGAUCAAAGAUCUUGCCAGUAGUGCCGCAGCUCAUUAUUCCCAUCAAGAAGGCAUUGAACACGCGCGAUGGUGAAGUCAUGGUCACCACAAUGAAGGUGCUCCAAACUUUGGUACUAUCCGCAGAGAUGGUGGGAGAGGCGCUGGUUCCAUACUAUCGGCAGAUCCUCCCAGUGCUCAACAUCUUCAAAUCUGCAACAAAGAGCACGUUUGAUCAAAUGGACUACGGUCAGCGGAAGCGCAUGGACCUGGGCGCGCUCAUUGACGAGACUUUGGAGAUAUUGGAAACUCAUGGAGGAGAAGAUGCCUUCAUCAACAUCAAGUACAUGAUCCCAACCUACGAGUCUUGUGUCUCGGUGUGAGGUGCCCCUGAUGUCUUUUUGCGCCCUGCGACAUGUGACGGGGGCGUUCGGCAGCGAUGGAAGGGCGCUGUCUUCGCUAGGUUCACGAUUUCUAGGGGAGAACUGGAU